GUACGGUCUCAGCUUCUCACGCAGGUUCCUCUGCCCACUCUGAACCGUGCAUACCAGCAGACUACUCAGGAAGAAAGAGUCCAAAGUAUGAGUAAUACUGCUGAACCUCAAGAAAUCCUGGGUUUUUCAGUUCAAACUCAUGGACAGGGCACAAAACGUGGAGUUAAGCCAGACAAAGCAGGCCUUGUGUGCACCUAUUGCAAAUAUACGGGACACGAUGUGACAUCUUAUUUUGAAUUGAAAGGAUACCCGGAUUGGUGGGGGGAUCGUCCUCGCGCCGAUAACAAGAAUACUGGACGAGGGAAAGGCAGUACAAUUCCUUCAGGAAAGGAUCGUGGACGCACCAAACAGGGAGCUAAAGCCCAUGCGGCCAUUGCAGACGGAUCGGGACGACAAGAGGGGGCUGCCUGAACCUCUUCCAGCGCAGGAGGUGAUGCACCACUGCCUGGAUUCACGCUGGAACAGUGGCAUGCUUUGGUGACAUAUUUUGGUAAUACACAGUCCUCUAGUAUGCGGAUGACCGGACCGAGUCUCGAAGAAGCUG